AUGGCCCUGCUCAGGGAUUAUAUUGCUUAUGCCAAAGCCUUCGUUUAUCCCGAGAUCACUGAAGUGGCAUCGCAAUUCCUCAUCGAUAAAUACCUUAGCAUGCACAGCUUGAAAGCUGAAAAAUUGCAUCGAGAAGCUCUCCGCCAGUCGGCUGUCGACCCAACCACCGGACGUGUCGACGUGGGAAUUUUGGAUGCUGGUAUCUCUUCAAAAACACGCAAAUUGGUCACCAAAAUCGCCGAGGGCAUAACUGCUUACUUGCAAAAGGGAGCCGCUCAGAAUUUGAACGUGAAGAAUCUCUUUACGACAAUGCAUCAAACGGAUCGUUCCCUGAAUCGAAAUCUCUUUGACAAGGCGAUCACCGAGUUGGUGAAGAAAGAAAUGAUCGUUCGAACUGGCGAGCGGAUUCGAUUUUUGCCCAAAAGGGCU